GCGUCGGCAACCAAUUCAUUUCACACACAGCGGCGACGGGAUGGCACGCGGGGAUUUAUCCAAGAAGCGCAAGCCCGGCGCACCCACGAUCGCCAAGCCCGGCGCGCCGACGAUCGCCAAGCCCUGCUCGCUCCCCGAGGCCGAGUACAAGCCGUGCUUUGUGUGUGGACACAAGUUCAACGUCGACUCGCUCAUGCGCUGCUUGGUGUGCGCCGGCUUCUUCCACAAGCGCUGCCUCGCCACGAUCACCGCCGACGCAAUAGGCUGCGCAGCGUGCCAAGACGCCCGGAACGCCGAGGUGGAGCUCCAAGCCGAGCGCAACGACCCCAGCAUGUACCCGCCCAUCACGGGCGAUACGAACAAGCACCUCUUUGAGUUCCGCAUGACCAUGAUGCACAAGUUUAUGAGCGCAAUCGCGGCCCACAAAGCGCCACCAAAGAAAAAAGUCAAGGUGCCCACCAAGAGAUCCGCGACGCCCACGGCGUGUGCAGAGGCCCUCAACCAAACGCCGCCUUUCGAUCCGCCAGCGCCAGUGACUCACGACGACUCAAUGGCCGACGUCGACAUGGUGGCACCCGCCGCGCCGUCGAUCGCGAUGCCACUGCCUGCGGGACCGACCAUGGUAGCGCUGCGAGAUGCCAACGUCGAAAUUUGUCCAGAACGUGCACCAGCGUCGAGCUCUACGUUGCCAGCAGAGGUGGUUCCGUCGACACCACAACUGCCUGCGCUGACGCUACACGUGGCGCACAGCGAGCCGUUGCCAGCAGCUUUGGAGUCGCCCCGAGCUACGUUGGUAUCUGCGGUGGCGUGCAGCGUGAGCCCAGUGUUGAGUACGCUCGUCCUACCCAAGUGCGUGCUUGAACAAACUGCGAGCGCUGUUGCUGCGACACCGCAUGCGACAAUGCCCUUGCACGACGUCGGAGUGGCUACAGAGGUCGUUCAGGAGACGGGUAGCAUCAUGCUAAGCGAAUGUGUUGUGUAA